CCGUCACACAGUAUCCCUCCUCGUUCCAUAUUUCAUUACCGUCAUCAGUCACCGCGGUUCAAUUUCAUGCCGAUUAACUGUUUGCGGUCAAUUCCCACAUCCGCAAUGUUGUCCCGACUAACCCUGAUAACUCGCCUUGUUCUAGAUCUAGAAAGCCGCAAGCCUCCUUCUGUCCUAUCCGACUGUGCACCACGUAGGCAACAACCAUUAGAAGCACUUUCGUGUACACAGUCUCUACAUAGCAUAUCCGCACUCCGGGCGAGCUUACGAAACGAUACAAUCGAUGCUGGCUACAACGAAAAGUAAAAAACUUCCAUCAUCGUCAUUAUUAUCGCAUCGUUACGAGGAACUCGUCAAUGUCGGUCGUCACGCGUCUACCACGAGGAAGAUCGCGGGAAAAGGGAGGAAGGCGUCUGUAUGUGAAAGAAAGGAAGCCGGUCGGCGCGCGAACUCGUACGGAGUUGCGAAGCUCCCGGCGAAUCAGUGAGCGUCGCGACGCCCGUGGCGCAGGCAGGUUGCACCGUCUCUCCGUCUUCUCGUUGGCCGUCGCCGCGAUAGUACGCACUCGCCGGUGCAUCGGGGAGGACGCGGCACCCCGGUGACGGCGAUACCGCGUACACGCUGCUCUCGUCGGCCGACUCUCCGGUGGACUAUGGGGUUGAGCGGCGGCUAAAUGGGGGCCGAUGGACAUUUUCGCGUGACCUUGUCCCUCAGGAGGGAACCGGGCGCUGGGCCGGUGUUCUGCAAGAUGGAAACCUCCGCCAGGUUCCGGCAGCUGAAGACGGUGAAGCUGAGCUGCGAGACUACCUACCGGCUCGACAUCAGCUUCAAGCCACCGCAACUGCUGCAGUCCCUGAGCAUCGGCGGCAAAUCGGUGGAGGCGAUCGAGCGGGCGAGGGACGGCACGGCUUGCGCGUACAGUGCCUACCACAGCACCAAGGACAUCCCAGCGAGCGCGCGCGGCCACCGGGAGGACCUGUCGAUCGCGAUGCGAGUCCUCGGCUCCGGCUACCUGACCACCUGCCUGCAGAUUAAGUACUACCGGCUGGAUGAUCAAAGCCACUGCGAAUGGGGCGCCCGGCUGCACUGCAUCGAGCUCGACUGCUCCAGCGUGGAGGGCCGCCUGGUCACGGUGGACCGGGAGACCUACAGGAAGCUCGGCAUCGAGUCUUAGCGUACCGUCCGUCUGUCAUUACCGCGUUCGUUAUCAGCGUCCCUCGGCGAUAACCCGAAACCCACCGCGCCGCAAUCGAUGUCCCUCGCACGCGACCGGCCGAUCGUACGCGGACCAGAAUCAGCGUUUAUUUCGAGAGCAGGCAGAGCCGAAGCUCUCGUGUGAGGUGGUCCAUACUGUUCGUCCGAUACCUCCGGGCGAUCACGAGGAUGAACGGAUUCGAUCGGGCCGGCGAUCGUACGCGUAACUCGUAGCUCUUUGUCCUUCAUUACGGAGUCUGUCACUGCGAGUUUAUUAAUAGGAAAUUUUCAUUAAUAGGUGUUUUAAUAAUUCAUCGCUCUGGCCGACGUUACUCUAACUAAGUGACAGAGCUCGCGUAGCGUACUCUUGAUACUUGCGAACGACGCGCUGGAGCGAACGAAGAAAAUUCAAGCGCUGGGUGUAUCGCGAAGGACCCAGCUGGCGUUUUCGACUCAACACGGCGCGCAAAUCGUGCGGGGAGAUUUCGCGAAAGUGUCAUCGGAUGACUCGAGACCGACUGGUGAUUCGUCAGCCGCCGGGCGACAUCGCGCGCAAUGUUGGCGAGCUGUGAAACAGCCGCGAGACAAUCUCGAGGCCUCCGAUUGGCGACACGACGUGAGGGACGAGAGAGAGAGAGAGAGAGAAAGAGAGUUGACGUGUGUCGAGACGGAAUGAAUCGUCGGUUGAACUCCGUCUGUGAUCGUCCUCCGCGUAAUCUUCCUCGGAAUCUCCAGUCGCUGUCGCGCAGCGAGAGAGACCGCGGUAAGAAUUAAUGAAGGGGAAAAGACGAAGCGUGGUUAAACACGUUGAUAAGACCGUGUGCCUGUGCGCUGCCUAUCGAGCGCUCGCGCACGUGUCAUCGAUCGUUGAUUAAUAUUUAAUUGCCGCGCGAAUCAAUCGCGCGAUACGCCGACGAGGAGGCGUGUUGCCUGCUAAUUGAAAAAACCGGGAAGAAUCAAGCUCUCGCGUGACGGCGCGGUGUCAGCUUUCGUAAGUUCGCGAUCGAAACGCUCGCCCGUCGUAUGACGAUGCACUCUCAUGCGCAUUAUUAACCGCUAACUGCUUCGGUAACGUUCCGCUGGCAUCACCGGUAAUAGCGGGCUUGAAAAAUGAGCUGUACUCCCAAAUUACAAAUAACGAUUUGCGGGGCUUCGCUCGCGGAAAUUGCCACUAGCGAUGCAUUCUUUCUCGUGCCUCCGGAAACUCGACACGUUUAUUAGUUUGAUAUCAGAAUCUAAGAUGUUAUAAAACAUAUCAUACACACAUACACACACACACACACAUACACACACACACGGAUAUUAUACAGGGGGAAAUGAAAGUCCACUUCAACGGUAAUUAGGGGUUAACGCUGUGCGCGUUCGCUUCGGUGUUAUUUCUUUCUCUCUUAUUUACAGUAAUCUCCGCCUCUUCUUUUUUUUCUCUAUGUUCACAUUUCCGAAAGGAAAUCGAGGAUUUUUACUCCGUCGUUUCUUACGGAGAAGUUUCCUUCUUUCUUUACCGAUGAAAGAUCCGACGGGCCCGAGACGCGUACACCAUUCUUGUGCGUGUACACCGCUUAAAGGAAGAGAUCGUGGGUGAAUUAAUUAAUGUAGAAGCAUUCUCAGAUGCAUUACGCUAUACGAUAGGAACUCGACGCACUUUAAGUACUCGGAAACUUUGGCAAUCAGCGAAGUGACCAAUCAGUGCCUCUACGCUUACUGUAACCAAUGCAGGUUGUUUCUACUCUCUUGUUUAAUAGACUUUAAUGAAGCUACGUCGUCGCACGCGUGUAAGUACAAAUGUCUCGUUCGCGCACGGUAUAUAUACUUACGCGCAUCCGACAGUAACACAAAAUAUAUAAUGUACUUUCUAACUUUGACUGAAAUAAAUCCCGUGCAGGAAUACAAA